AUGGAAGCUAAAUCCCUCGCGGCGUCUCUCGGUGGUGACCGUUUAUUGAUAUUCCCGACCUAUCCUCGUUCUUCCUUCGUUUCUACAACACGGCUCUCUCGCCUGCCGCUGAAGCGUACGUGUGUCGUUGGUGUUGCCUCUUGUUCCGGUGCCGAUGGCUACCGUCGCUUGUCUCUGACUCGGUGGAAUCCGGUUGUUUCGACUCGCCGACUCGUCCCUGUUCGUGCAAUUGACUCUGACCUCCCUCACCCGAUUCAGCAGGCAUCUUCAGGUUUGGGCAAAAUUAAGGAAUACGAAGAAUGGGAUUCAUGGACGGCCAAGUUCUCCGGUGGAGCAAACAUCCCAUUUCUGAUGCUGCAAUUGCCACAGAUUAUCCUCAAUGCCCAGAAUCUUAUGGCGGGAAAUAAUACCGCCCUUUUGGCUGUCCCAUGGCUGGGGAUGUUGACUGGUUUGUUAGGAAACCUUUCGUUGCUUUCGUAUUUCGCUAAGAAGAGAGAAAAAGAAGCAGCUGUGGUGCAAACACUGGGAGUGAUCUCUACCUACAUUGUGCUUGCGCAGCUCACAAUGGCUGAAGCAAUGCCUAUGCAAUCUUUUAUUGCUACUUCGGUCAUUGUGACGAUUGGUCUCGUAUUGAACUGUUUGUUCUAUUUCGGUAAGCUUAGCAUCACGGUGUGGCGACUAUGGGAAGACUUUAUCACUAUUGGUGGACUCUCCGUUCUUCCUCAAAUCAUGUGGUCGACUUUUGUCCCCCUUGUACCAAACAGUAUUUUGCCUGGGACAACUGCUUUUGUUAUUGCUGUAGCGGCUGUAAUUAUGGCUCGAACUGGGAAACUCUCGGAGGAAGGUGUUAGGUUUGUCGGGUCUUUAUCUGGAUGGACAGCGACACUUAUGUUCAUGUGGAUGCCAGUUUCUCAAAUGUGGACAAAUUUUCUAAACCCAGAAAACAUUAAAGGCUUAUCAGCGAUCACAAUGGUACUCGCGAUGAUGGGGAAUGGGCUUAUGAUUCCACGAGCACUAUUUAUCCGUGAUUUGAUGUGGUUUACUGGUUCCAUAUGGGCAACUCUCUUUUAUGGAUAUGGAAACAUUCUUUGCUUAUACAUGUUGAACUGCACGAGCAAAUCAUUCUUCGCAGCCGCCACAAUUGGUUUGAUCUCAUGGAUAGGACUAGCUUUGUGGAGAGAUGCAGUGGCUUAUGGUCACAACUCGCCGUUUAGUUCUUUGAAGGAACUGGACGCUUGGCGUGUUUGUCAUCCGGAUUUCAAGCGACCUUUCUCUUCUCUCGAAGACGCUUGCGAAAGGUUAUUGCCUUAUCAUGUAGUAGCAGAUUACGAAGCAGAAGAGGAUGAUAGAAUCCUUGAUUCAGACCCAACAGGUCAGGCCCUAUCCCGCUCUCAGCAGUGGGAUAACAACAUUGCUGCUAAAGUUGCUGAAUUCACGGCAACGUUUGAGAAGCAAGCCCUAGCCUUUAACAUAAUUACUCGAAAGAGAGCAAUGGGAGAAUUCAGAUCUGAGGAAAGGUUGAUGGUAGAACAAGCUUUGCUACAAGAAGAAAGAAAGGCGUUGUUUGAACUGAAAGCAGAAAUGGAUAGGGAGAAAGCUGGCCAGGAGGCUAAGCUGCGAAUGGCGGCUUUGGCUCAGGCAGGACAGUCACAAUCCCAUGCCGAGAUUAUGGCUCGUAACCCAUUGAGGGCUAAUGCGGUUGGGAAUCAGGGCAGCAAUAUUCAGCUAAGCCAUGAGAUGGGAGAACAGGGACGUAACAUGAACCCCGAUGAGGUGAUGAAUGGAUGGGGAAACAACAGCCAGAAAGACGAAAAAGAACCCUCAGAAGAUUUCUUGAAUGAUGAGGAGAAUGAGAAUGGAGAGACGGCUGAACAAGAAAACUGGCGUGAAGCAGGAGAAUUUGAUUUGAAUAGCCGAUAA